AUGACACGACUUGGCCUAUUUUCUGAAAACCGAAAACGGCGCCAUCGGCUCAAGGAAAAUCUUCAGGGCUCUGAGUCUUGGGACCAGAAGAAAAUAUCGGCCUCUGCACCGGGAUUUCUCGGCCGUACAAGCUACUGCGAUGUCUUCUUGGAAAACGGCAGUGACCUUCCGAUUGGAUACACAUCUUACUCUAAAUCUACAGACCCAGGUCCUAUAGAUGCACAACGAAUUCGCCUGGGUGCACAAAUGCUUAUGUUAUUGAGGAACCAGGACCUGUAUCGAGAAAUCGUCGAAGAGAGAUACAAGAUCUGGAGAGGAUGGACUCUCGGAUACCCGAUGACCAAUAUGAUUUUCAACAGUGUUGAAGAGAUGUGGAAGGACGCAAAACAGAAAAUAAAAGACGAAAGUGAAUGUGCGCUGGCUCUUUCCAAAAGGAUCUUCAAGAACUAUACCCGGCCUAUCCAGCUAUCUUCUACUACGUCAUGGGAAGAUUUUGCAUCCUUUGCCUCACAUAGAUGGGAAACAAUCGGCUUGAUGUUCUCAAUAAUGGGGAUAGCAACGAGAUACAUAUCACACGAUCUUCCUAUGUUUAAAAAGCAUGGCUCACCAGAUGCGAAGAGUCUGGCUAUCACUGCCACCGCAGUGGGGGAUAUCUGUCUGCAGCUCUGCGACAGCACGGGUGUCAUGAAUGACUUUGUGGUUUUGUUGCUCCUUCACCAUACUUCGCUUCUGACAUCUAUCUAUGGAGAGAGUGACUAUCGGCCUUGGAGGAAACUAGGCGAGUUGUCGACAGCUGUAUUUGCGCUUGGACUGCAUCAAGAGUCAUCCAACUUGCCUUUCUUUCUGCGGGAGAUGCGAAAACGUGCUUUAGUCGGUGCAUAUGCCAUGGACAAAACUCUGGCAACCUUUCUCGGCCGACCACCGCUUAUCAGCUGGCGCUAUUGUGAUAUAGAGUGGCCGCUGGAUUUGAGUUGUGAAGAGAUCGCUGCACAUCCAGAUAUUCGCAAUGCUGCUAUCGCGAAGCUGACUCCCGAUGGCUGGAAUAGUGAGGGCAGCUUGGUGAAAGGCUGCUGGGCACGAGUCUACUUCAACACAAGUAUCCUCCGAGAAAAGAUAUUGGAAUUGUCACUCAGUCGCCAGAGUGAUAAUCUGGCUGAACAGGUGGAGAUCCUAGCAAAACGGACCCAAACUCAACCAGAUGCGAUCAUCAGUGCCUCACGCAAGAUUCUGAAUGCAUCACUUUCCAUGUUGACAAAAAUCGCCAAGUUACGGGCACCUGGCUGGGACAUAGGAUGGCAUCUGUGUUAUGCUGGACUUCCCUCGGCAGGUGUCCUUUGCGCCGAGUUAUUACGGCGGUCUCGCUCUAUGAUACCUGACACUGACAUUUUUCAACGCUCCGAAAUUAUCCAGAACCUCAGCGUCUUUGCCUCACACCUCGGUACUAUCAUCCAGCCCGAUGAAGGGAAUUAUCGAAUCGCCGAGCAAGGACGACGGGCGAUCCGCCAUGUCUUAGAUCAGGUUCUUUCUGUGGAUAAUCUUUCUGCUAUCCCUACAACUUCAGAUGAAGAACUUGAUAUCCAAGAGCAGAUUUCAUUUGAUGAAAGUCUACUCAAUAACGUCGAUAUCGAUGACAGAGGCCCCUUCUUGGACUGGCUUAACGGGACUGCGGAGCAGAGUCACGAGCCAUGGCUGACAUGGAUGAACUUUAGCUGA